AUCACUGGGAGGAAACCGCCAUGGGACGAGGAAGUGAGGAAGUGGAGAAGCGAGAGGGGUAAAUAAAGUUCCAGGCUUUACCGCAGAUAUCACCAUGUCAGACACUUACUGUGAUCAGCUGGAGCAGGACACUUGGUUCUUAACCAAUGACCACAGGCUGAGCGCGCAGCUGCUUGAAAAGCUUGUGCUUCAGCUGAACAGGAUCUACCCCAAUGUUUUAAGUGACAAAGAGGCACAGAAAUUCAGGGACGUGAAAGUACCAACAAAGACUAGGCUGGCAGACCUGUUGAGUACCUUAAAAGGGAAAGGAGAAGAGGCUUGUCACGAGUUUUACAGAGCUCUGCACAUCCACACUGAGCAACUUUAUAUCAGCCUGCCCAGCAGAAAGAGCCAGAGAGACGCAACAGAACCCAAUGGGACUAAAAUUCAACCAGACCCCAGGGAGAGAUUUGUGCUAAAUGAAAGGGGUCCAGUGUUCUUCAUCAUCUGCUUUAGUGUUGUUGCUGGUCUGGCAUUGUACUACUACAGCAAUGAAGAGGAUAAAGCUAUUGGAGAUGCCAAGAAGAUACUAGGAUUUACAUCAAUUGGGCUCAGCAGACGAGUCAAGGCUAUGUUAAUAUCCUACGCAGAGGUCCAGUCAAAGAACCAGUAAUGCUAAAAAGCAGCCCCUUGCAUUUGCCAACAACAUUAUGGAGUAAGCACAAGGCAAACCAGCAUGCCAUACCAAAGACUAGGUGAACUGUGUGUACAGCAGUAGGAAAUGCAUUGUUUUUAAGCAUGUAUGUAAUUAUAUAUGAUUUAAAUGAUAUGGGACAACAUCCUAAGCCUUAUAACA